AUGUCUCCAGACUCUGUCAGGCUGCUGAAUGGUUCCAGUCUGUGUUCAGGCAGACUGGAGGUGAAGUCUAACCAGAGCUGGUCCUCAGUUUGUGAAGCUGACUUUGACCAGCAGGAUGCAGAGGUGGUCUGUAGGGAGCUCGGCUGUGGGCCUCCUUCGGUCCUCCAGGGGGCGCUCUAUGGAGAAGUGGAGGCUCCAGUGUGGAGCAAAGAGUUCCAUUGUGGAGGCCAUGAGUCUGCUCUCCUGGACUGUAGAAGCUCAGGCUCAGCUCGAAACAGCUGCUCACCUGGCAAAGCUGUUGGACUCACCUGCUCAGAACCUGUCAGGUUGGUGGGAGGAGCCAGUCACUGUGAAGGAACACUGGAGCUGAAAUAUCUGGGAGAGUGGAGACCAGUAUAUGACUCUCUCUGGUCCUUUAAGAAGGCAGCUGUUCUCUGUUACUAUCUAGACUGUGGCUCUGCUGUUUCUGUAACACAGAGGAAGGAGUCCACAUGGAGAUCUAAAUGGAGUAUUAGUUCUGACUGUGUUCAGCCAGGAAUUCUUCUGAGAGAAUGUGCAGCAUCAUAUUACAAUCAGUUCAUCUUGAAUAUCACCUGCUCAGACUCUGUCAGGCUGCUGAAUGGUUCCAGUCUGUGUUCAGGCAGACUGGAGGUGAAGUCUAACCAGAGCUGGUCCUCAGUGUGUGAAGCUGACUUUGACCAGCAGGAUGCAGAGGUGGUCUGCAGGGAGUUUGGCUGUGGACCUCCUUCGGUCCUCCAGGGGGCGCUCUAUGGAGAAGUGGAGGCUCCAGUGUGGAGCAAAGAGUUCCAGUGUGGAGGCCAUGAGUCUGCUCUCCUGGACUGUAGAAGCUCAGGCUCAGCGGGAAACAGCUGCUCACCUGGCAAAGCUGUUGGACUCACCUGCUCAGAGUCUGAUGAUGUCAGGUUGGUGGGAGGACCCAGUCGCUGUGCAGGUACACUGGAGUUAAAACAUCUGAGAGAAUGGAGACCAAUGGGGUACUUUCAUGUUUCCUGGACCAUGAAAGAAGCAGCUGUUAUGUGUGAACAUCUGGACUGUGGCUCAGCUGUUUCUAUAGAAGCGGCACAUUCCUCAUACAAAGCUGUGUGGUUGAUCUGGUCUUCCUGUAUUGUGUCCAAAACUCCUCUGAGGGAUUGUGCAAUAUCAGAUCACCUUGACCAAAUCCUGAAACUCACCUGCUCAGACUCUGUCAGGCUGCUGAAUGGUUCCAGUCUGUGUUCAGGCAGACUGGAGGUGAAGUCUAACCAGAGCUGGUCCUCAGUGUGUGAAGCUGACUUUGACCAGCAGGAUGCAGAGGUGGUCUGUAGGCAGCUCGGCUGUGGACCUCCUUUGGGCCUCCAGGGGGCGCUCUAUGGAGAAGUGGAGGCUCCAGUGUGGAGCAAAGAGUUCCAGUGUGGAGGCCAUGAGUCUGCUCUCCUGGACUGUAGAAGCUCAGGCUCAGCUCGAAACAGCUGCUCACCUGGCAAAGCUGUUGGACUCACCUGCUCAGUUAAUGAUGUCAGGCUGGUAGGAGGACCCAGUCGCUGUGCAGGUACACUGGAGUUGAAACAUCUGGCAGGAUGGAGACCAUUGUGUGGCUCUCAUGAUUCCUGGACCCUGAAAGAAGCAGCUGUUUUCUGUGAACAUCUGGACUGUGGCCCAGCUGUUUCUAUAGAAAAGGGACGCUCCUCACGCACAUCUGCAUGGUUGAUUACACCUGAGUGUGUUCUAUCCACAUCUCCUUUGAGGGAUUGUGCAACAACAGAUUAUUCUUACCAAAUCCUGAAACUCACCUGUUCAGCUCCAACAGAUUUCACAGUUCUCAUCACCAUGCUCAUCCUACCGCUGACUCUGCUGCUGGUGAUCACUGCCCUUUAUUUCUACUGUCAGGCCAACAGGGGGCAGAAAUCCAGCAGACAGGAGAACACUGAGCUGCUUGACUCUAAUCAGGGUGUUUGUGCAGGUGAAGGAGUGCCGGCUGCAAAUAAAAGAGUUCAGCAGGACCUCCAAGGAGCUCAUCCUACAGCCACAUGAAUUAAUCAGCUGAUGUGAGCGACCAUCAGCUCAGUUUUCUGCUGAAGACUUAAAUCUGUAAACACACCUCACUAACAAAUAUCUUCACUAAUAAUUCUGAAAUGUAGAGAUAGAGCGCCCACCAGGGAAGGCGGUGAGGCAUCAGCAAGAAGAGCGUGGAAAAAACAACUUGGAUCUUGACACUCAGCAUGUCGACAUAGAGUCUGUCAAAUAUAAAAGCAUCACUUUUAGGCUGAGGAGUUUCUUCAAGUUGAGUAAAAAAGAUUUUGAAAAUGCACAGUGCAGUCAUUUACAGUGCAGUCAAACAGGCCUUGAUGUCAGCUGUCGACUUCUUGGUAACCUCUGGUCACUAUGGAAGAAUGUGGAUUCUUUCACUGGCAGUCUUCUAGUGAAAUUGGUGCUGCACUGAAAAGCUCCCUCGCUUUGGUGUCUGCAGGCUGACGAGCUCGCUGCAGUUUGCAUGGAAAACACAGACUUGUCUGCAAAAGUUAGUCAACUGCUCACAGACUAGUUUCAAUAUCCUUUUACUUCCACUUAUGUAAGAAAGAUGUUUUUAGUAUUUAGAAGAAGUAGCCUCACCAGUGUUGCUGUGAUGUUUCAUGCUGUGUUUUCUUUUUAAUUACUCCUUCUGGCUUUUAUUAUCCCCUCUUCCUGUUUGCAUCAGCCAUUAAAAGCUCACAGUCACUUCAUUUUGUAGUUUCAUGUGUUUGCAUUUGAUCCUUGGCCGACAGGAUACUGCUCCCUUCAUCCAACACUAACAUCACAGAAGAACACAAGGUUAUUGUUUAUUUCCUUUAUCCUUAACAAAAUCUUCAUGUGAUUCAUUUUCAAAAUAAAUAUUUGCUUUAACUGGAAAAACAUUUAUCUUUUGUAAAGUGGUAUGUUAUAAAAGUAUGUCACCCAUCAAAUAAACUAAUGGAUGUGUUCUCUAAAUAUAACACAGAGAAG